CACGCAUCCAGUCUGGAGUUGAACAUUGAAGAAAACGGCAGCAAAAAAGCAAACGCUCCUCAGCGUGUAUUUAGAAGCGACUGUGUUGAACAGAAAGGAAUCCAAUCAGACACACCAACACACCAACACAGUCACAGUUACAGUCACACAUAAACGUACACUGACACACACAGGCACACAGACACCAUACACACCCUCGCACACACAUGCACUCGUCUACAUAAGGCUUACAUAAAAUCUAAGGAAAAAUCGAUGCGAUUGCAUUUAAAAUUCAAUCAAAGAAAGUCUCAGCUAGUGAAAUAACUUCGCGUUAAACUCGAAUUGAAAAGAAAAAUUCAUUAGUUAGCCGAGUGAAAAAAAAAACUAUGACUAAUCAGUGACGACAUACGCGAACUGCGCUUACACAAUAUCUCUAUAAUAGAUAUACGACAUACCACAUAAGAUUGAAAAUCGUUUGAUAUUUUCGAAUUGCAAAUCGGUGUACGCAAAAUGGUCACUGAAAAUGGAGCUCAGGGCGAUGGCAACACUUCCUUCCUGCGUGCCGCACGCGCCGGCAAUUUGGAGCGCGUGCUGGAACAUCUGAAGAACAACAUUGACAUUAACACCAGUAAUGCAAACGGCUUGAAUGCGUUGCAUUUGGCUUCCAAGGAUGGACACAUACACGUGGUCUCGGAGCUGCUGCGACGCGGCGCGCUUGUGGACAGCGCUACUAAGAAGGGCAACACGGCUCUGCACAUUGCCUCGCUGGCGGGACAGGAGGAGGUGGUGAAGCUAUUGCUGGAGCACAACGCCUCCGUCAAUGUGCAGUCGCAGAAUGGCUUCACGCCCCUCUACAUGGCCGCCCAGGAGAAUCACGAUGCUGUUGUGCGCCUACUGCUGUCCAAUGGCGCCAACCAGAGUCUGGCCACGGAGGAUGGGUUCACGCCACUGGCAGUGGCCAUGCAGCAGGGACACGAUAAGGUUGUAGCCGUGCUCCUCGAGAGCGAUACUCGUGGCAAGGUGCGUCUACCAGCGCUCCACAUAGCUGCCAAAAAGGAUGACGUCAAAGCAGCUACGCUUCUACUGGACAAUGACCACAAUCCGGAUGUGACUUCCAAGUCGGGCUUUACGCCGCUGCACAUUGCCUCGCACUAUGGCAACCAGAACAUUGCCAAUCUGUUGAUCCAAAAGGGUGCCGAUGUGAACUACUCGGCCAAGCACAACAUCAGUCCUCUCCACGUGGCUGCCAAGUGGGGCAAAACCAACAUGGUCUCGCUGCUGCUCGAGAAGGGUGGCAACAUUGAGGCCAAGACCCGCGAUGGCCUCACACCGCUCCACUGCGCUGCCCGGUCCGGCCACGAGCAGGUUGUGGACAUGCUGCUGGAGCGCGGAGCACCCAUUAGCGCCAAAACCAAGAACGGUCUCGCACCAUUGCAUAUGGCCGCCCAGGGCGAGCAUGUGGAUGCCGCUCGUAUUCUGCUCUACCAUCGCGCACCCGUUGACGAGGUGACCGUUGAUUAUUUGACUGCUCUGCAUGUGGCCGCCCACUGCGGACAUGUGCGUGUGGCAAAGCUUCUACUGGACCGCAAUGCCGAUGCCAAUGCACGUGCCCUCAACGGGUUCACGCCCCUGCACAUUGCUUGCAAGAAGAACCGCUUGAAGGUUGUCGAACUGUUGCUGCGCCACGGCGCCAGCAUAAGUGCCACCACGGAGAGUGGCCUGACCCCGCUGCAUGUGGCCGCAUUCAUGGGUUGCAUGAAUAUUGUCAUUUACUUGCUGCAGCACGACGCCAGUCCGGAUGUGCCCACUGUGCGCGGGGAGACUCCAUUGCAUUUGGCCGCACGCGCUAACCAGACGGACAUCAUCCGCAUACUUUUGCGCAAUGGCGCCCAGGUCGAUGCACGAGCUCGGGAGCAGCAAACCCCGCUGCAUAUCGCCUCGCGACUCGGCAAUGUUGACAUUGUGAUGCUGUUGCUGCAACAUGGCGCUCAGGUGGACGCCACCACGAAGGAUAUGUAUACGGCACUGCAUAUUGCUGCCAAGGAGGGUCAGGAUGAGGUGGCCGCUGUGCUGAUUGAGAAUGGAGCCGCUUUGGAUGCGGCCACCAAGAAGGGAUUCACGCCACUGCAUCUGACGGCUAAGUAUGGGCACAUUAAGGUCGCCCAGCUGCUGCUCCAGAAGGAGGCGGAUGUGGAUGCGCAGGGCAAGAAUGGUGUCACGCCUCUGCAUGUGGCCUGCCACUACAACAACCAGCAAGUGGCACUGUUGCUGCUAGAGAAGGGCGCCAGUCCACACGCAACCGCCAAAAAUGGACACACACCGCUUCACAUAGCGGCGCGCAAGAACCAGAUGGACAUUGCCACCACUCUGCUGGAGUAUGGCGCUCAGGCCAAUGCCGAGAGCAAGGCUGGAUUUACGCCACUGCAUCUAAGCAGCCAGGAGGGACAUGCCGAGAUUUCCAAUCUAUUGAUCGAGCACAAGGCUGCCGUUAAUCAUCCAGCCAAAAAUGGUCUUACCCCUAUGCAUCUGUGCGCUCAGGAGGACAACGUAAACGUGGCAGAGAUUUUGCAACGCAACGGCGCCAAUAUCGACAUGGCUACUAAGGCUGGCUACACACCGCUGCACGUGGCCUCGCACUUCGGUCAGGCUAAUAUGGUGCGUUUCCUGCUGCAGAACGGUGCCAACAUUGACAUGGCCACCAAGGCUGGCUAUACACCGCUGCAUCAGACCGCUCAGCAAGGCCAUUGCCACAUUGUCAACUUGCUGUUGGAGCACAAGGCGAAUGCCAAUGCCCAGACCGUCAACGGUCAGACGCCACUGCAUAUUGCACGCAAGCUGGGCUACAUCAGUGUGCUCGAUUCUCUAAAGUCGAUUACAAAGGAGGAUGAGGCAGCCUCUGUGCCCGGUGCUCAGACCGAAGAAAAGUAUCGCGUAGUCGCGCCAGAGGCCAUGCACGAAUCCUUCAUGUCUGACUCGGAGGAAGAAGGUGGUGACACAGAUUGGGAAUUGGAUGCUUGCUACGAGUUUGGCAUUGGCGGCGAUUGUGCUAACCCCAACCGCCACAGGCCAAACCCCCAUGCCUUUCAGCCGUAUUACCAGGGCGACUAUCUGUAUGUGUCCAGCGAAGACAAUAUGCUAUCCGAUCAACCUUAUCGCUAUUUGACCGUUGAUGAAAUGAAAUCCCUAGGCGACGACUCGCUACCAAUUGAUGUGACCCGCGAUGAGCGUAUGGACUCCAACCGGAUGACCCAAAGUGCCGAGUAUGCCGGCGGUGUACCGCCUACAAUUGGCGAGGAGAUGAUCAGUCCGCACAAGGCUCAGGUAUAUGGCUCUUCGCCCAAGGCAACUGUUGAUGGCGUCUACAUUGCCAAUGGCAUUGGCAAUGAAGAGCCACCGCAUGUGGGUCGCAAGCUGAGCUGGAAGAGCUUCCUGGUCUCAUUCCUGGUAGAUGCACGCGGCGGUGCCAUGCGUGGCUGUCGCCACAGCGGCGUGCGUAUGAUAAUUCCGUCGCGCUCCACCUGCCAGCCGACGCGGGUGACCUGCCGCUACGUAAAGCCGCAGCGCACCAUGCAUCCGCCGCAGUUGAUGGAGGGUGAGGCCUUGGCCAGCCGCGUGCUGGAACUCGGACCCUGCUCGACCAAGUUCAUUGGGCCCGUGGUAAUGGAGGUGCCACAUUUCGCUUCGCUACGUGGCAAAGAGCGCGAGAUCAUCAUACUUCGUUCCGAUAACGGUGAAACCUGGCGCGAGCACACCAUAGACAACUCUGAGGAGAUCAUACACGAUGUCAUGCAGCAGUGCUUCGAGCCAGAGGAAAUCGCUCAGCUGGAAGAGCAGGCCGGCAAUCAUGUCUGCCGCUUUGUCACUUACGAUUUUCCUCAGUACUUUGCUGUUGUAUCGCGCAUACGCCAGGAGGUGCACGCCAUCGGACCCGAGGGUGGCAUGGUCUCGAGCACUGUGGUACCGCAGGUUCAGGCCGUCUUCCCUCAGGGCGCUCUAACCAAGAAAAUCAAAGUUGGCUUACAGGCCCAACCGGUUGAUCCUGAUCUAACUGCUAAACUGCUGGGUCGCGGCGUUGCCGUAUCGCCAAUUGUAACGGUCGAGCCGCGCCGGCGCAAGUUCCACAAGGCGAUCACACUGAGCAUGCCCGCCCCGAAGGCGCACAGCCAGGGUAUGAUCAAUCAAUAUUCGGGCAAUACGCCAACUCUGCGCCUGCUGUGUUCAAUAACAGGUGUGUUUCGGAAAAGGUCUCUAAAAGGCGGACCAUCCCGAGCCCAAUGGGAGGAUGUAACCGGUUCCACACCGUUGACAUUUGUCAACGAUUGUGUCUCGUUUACGACCACAGUAUCUGCCCGUUUCUGGCUAAUGGAUUGCCGCAACAUUUCUGAUGCAACCAAAAUGGCAACAGAGCUGUACAAGGAAGUCAUUCACGUGCCCUUCAUAGCCAGAUUUGUGGUAUUUGCCAAAAAAAUAGAACCCUUCGAAGCACGUUUACGUGUUUUCUGCAUGACUGAUGAUCGCGAGGAUAAAACACUUGAGAAGCACGAACUAUAUACGGAGGUCGCCAAGAGCCGAGAUGUUGAGGUGCUCGAGGGCAAGCCCCAGUACAUUGAAAUGGCCGGUAACCUGGUGCCUGUUACCAAGUCGGGUGAUCAGUUGCAGCUGCAGUUUAAAGCCUUCCGCGAGAACCGUUUGCCAUUCACGGUGCGCGUAAAGGAUCAGCACGCAGAUAUUGUUGGUCGCACGCUGUUCAUGAAGGAACCCAAAGUGGCUAAGGGUGAACCACCCCAGCAACCCAUCUGCAUACUAAAUAUUGUUCUGCCGGAAGCCGUCAUACCCGAUUCGACGACAGCGUUCUCGGAACGGGUCUCUUCUGCCUAUCGCACCUCGAUGUUCAGCUUGAGCAAGCAUCAAAACGACCAUUACAUUGGUGAUAUACGCAUCGUAGAUCUGUCCAAUUUAUUGGGCAAAGAUUGGAUACAACUGGCACCAGAGAUAGGCAUAACCGCUGAUGAGAUCGAUGAAAUCAUCAACCAAAAUACGGACAGUAUUGCGCGCCAGGCGCAGAGCAUGAUCCGUUUGUAUAAAGAUAAGCCAAACUAUGAUAUUUUGGCGCUGGAAACGGCGCUCAAGAACAUUGGACGCGACGACAUCAUGAAGAAGUGCAAAAGUGGUAGACUAUCACAUUCACGCGAAUUUGACGAGGCAGAUCUCAUGAAGAACUCCGAAUCCGUAGAGGAGCUAGUUCGCAGAGAAAGCAAGCGAAUCCAGCAAAUCAAUGAGCGCGAAGAAGUUAAAUACUCCGCAGAGGAGAAGGAAGUCGAAGAAUCUGAGUCCGAUGAGGAGCCAGCAAAACGAACCGUUGCCGAGCGCCGAGAGAAAAUUGUGAAACGUCUUUCAGUGGAACGCUCCAUACCAGCCUCAACCCAAAAGAAGGAAAUUACUCGAGAGAUAACCGAAAUCAAACGCAAGAGUUUGAUUGAGGAUAAAAAGGCACAUCACGAAUCGGAGAUUCUAAUGCAAUUACCCGCCGACAAUGUCAUAAUAAAAACGGCGACUGUGCCCGAGCAGGUCAUCAAAAUGAAGAUGGGCAAAAUGGAUUCGGCCGAAGUGAGCAAAACCGAAUUUGACAGGGAGUUGACGCACAAGUUGAAAACUUCUGGGCGCAGCUCUGAGGAAGAAGAGGUACCUUCUCCAGACAAGAUUGAUAAGAUUAUCCAGGACAUUAGCACCGCUGAGAAGACAGCCAAGAAGGACACGGCUACCACUAGUCGAGUGGCUACAAUUACCCGCCAGGAAGCACGUGAUAUGACCGAGGAUUUCUUGGAAUUCGAAAAGCGCAGCCAAUUACCAGCUGCCACAACAACGGCCACGGUUCACGAGAAAUUCGUAGAGGAGAUCAAAGAAAAGACAAGUCCAGUGGCAGCAAUGGCACAGGAUACGAUUAGAGAGGUCGAACAGGUCAUUAGCGAGGUAACCGAAACUGCCAGUAAGAAGGUGGAGAAUAUAAUAAGUUCUUUCGAGAGUGGCAAACAGGAGAUCAAGGAGAAGAGCACAGUGCUGGCCAGUGAGGCCGCCAAAGAAACAACGAAGGUCAGCGAGACCAUAAAACAUCUACAAGAUGCACAGUCUUUAUCCAUUGAAGAGUCCGCCAAAACAGUCCAAAUUGUAGAGAGCACAAAGAUUGACGAAAAAAUUGCUGAUUUUGAGGCCAAAAAGGUUAAAUACGAUUUCCACGGCGGAGAACCAAAGACACAUAUACCCAAACCUGUUAAGAAAUCUAGCGAGGACACGCCUAAACCUACAGCGGCUCCUCGUGCCGCAGCUGAAUCUGACUUUGAGAAACCAUCUGAAGCAAAAGUGGAGAAGCAUCUUUCCAAAAUACCAGUCAAAACUGGCGACGCUGCAAAGAUUGCCGAAGUGGAUGCACGACAGUUGACACAAGAUUUUCUGCAAGCUGAGCAAAAGGCGCAACUGGCGGCUGCUGCUGAACAUAAAGCUGCUGCUGAGCAUAAAGCAGCUCCGGCUGCAAGUAAGAUACCUAAAGUGGAGCCCAGAAAAUCGGUGGAGAAGCCGAUAGAAAAAGAGACGAAAGUCUUUGAUGAUAUUGUUCUAUCUACUGCCACCAUAAUGACAUCUGGAAUGGCUAGCGAGUCUCCCAAAGAGCAACCGGAAAUUGCUGCCAAGGCCGAAACUGUAACUGAAAAGUUGACCGAUCUGAUUCACACUUUCCACAAACUCGAAGAUAGACUAAUCAAAACUGAAAAGCCCCUGGAAAUAGCUAGCAAGGUGGUGGAGCUCGCCGGCACAAACGAGGAGCCUUUAACUACAGCUCAACAAGAACUACCAAAAUUGUCUAAAAAGGAAGACAAAGUCGCAGAAAAGGUUGCCGAAGUUGUCGAGACAUUCCACAAAAUCGAGGAGCACAUCGUACUUGAUACUCACAAGCAAACUCAUGAUUUCCUUAGCAUGGAACAGCAGAGUCAACUGCCCAGCAUGCAUAGUGCAACUGAGAAGAUGCUCGAGUCCAGCCAGACAUCAACAGCUUCUGAGCCCGAAUCAGUGAUAACUGUAAAGUCAGCGCCUCCUGCUAGCAAAAUACCAGUAGUUGGACCCAGAAAAUCAUUAGUUGAGGAAACAUUGAAGCCAGCUGAAAUAUCAGCACAGCACACACUUAAGGAACGUCAGCUUACAGCGGACUUUCUUCACAUGGAGCAGCAAACCCAGCUGGAGUCUCAGCCUCAAAAGAUCACAGCGCCUAGCGCUGAAGCGACAAUCUUGCCUGAAAUCAAUCAGCCAAAGCUUGCUGCCAACGAACCUACUGCUAUCGCUACCAUAGAUAAGGAAACAACAACCACUAAAUUAGAGCCCGAAACAAAGAUCGUUUCAGAAGAUGGGAUUGAGUCGGCGGCGCCAAUUGGUGAAGUAUCACCAUUUGCCACACGCAAGUUGACCGCCGAUUUCCUAACCAUGGAACAACAGACACAGCUGCCCAGUGCUGUUAAAGACAUCGGCUCAUACGAUAGUGAUACAUUCGACAAACGAGCCACUGUUCCAUUGAGCGACAUCGUUAAGGAAGCGGGUCUCUGUGCACCGCUGCCCAUUGAGCCGCGUAAGUCGCUUACCGAUGCGGAGUUUUGCAAAUAUGUGGGUGAUACGAUAACAAAAAAGAUGAGCGAGGGUUUAAUCGAAAUGUCAGAUGAGCUCAAACAGAUAGCGAGCGACAUUCCAGACUCCCAAACUCCGCCACCCACACCGAGUGAUGCCAAAACUGAGAAGCAGGAGGAGCAAACCGAUCUGGGCGAGCUAGAGCGAGAUUAUCUAGCCGACACUGUGACCACGCUGCACACAACUACAGAGUCGACCUUUGAGCGUGUUGCUGCCAUUUCCACAGUUGAGCACUUCAGUGUUCAUAAUGUUAAAUCCGAAACAUUUACAAGUACAGAUGAAACUGAUAAGCUGCUUCAUAGAAUGGCAGCUGACCCUAAUAUCCAGAAACCAUACUUACCAGACACUACCUCAUUUACAGAAAUGAGUGCAAGUAGUCCAACUCCGAAACCGAAGACAACGACCACAACAACGACCCUGUCUACGAAAGUAGAACGCACCAAAAUAGAUUUAACUGCGACACCAAACGAACAGCAGCAGAAAGAUCAUUUUAAGACGGAGCUGGAUAAUGUCCAGCGGGAUGCUGGUGAUAGGGAGUAUUUAGAGCAGAUAAUGGGCUGUGGUGAUGUGAGACGCAAGAUAUUGCGUUUGGAGAGCAGUGGCAGUACGGAGUCCUUGGAAUUCAGUGCCACACAGCAGAGUCUGCCACCCAAGUACAUAGGCGAUAAGGUGCCAGUUGUUAAGGAUGUGGUACAGAGUAUUGAGAAUAAAAUCAGCGGCACAGUGGUUGAGGCUAUUCCCUUUACUGUACAAAAGCGAACAACAGAUCAUAAAGAGCCGAACAUACUUGAGGUAGAGAAGCAAAUUCUUACAGCUGCAGAUAUCGCAUUGGAUAAGUUGACCAAAUGCGAACCAUCUGCUGAAGUUGUAAAAUUAUCACCCGUCGAAGCAAUGGAGCGUGGAGCAAUUGGUAUGGCGCACAUUGAGGAGGCGGUUUGCGAGAGGGUUUGUGAGAAGCGAAAGGCCUUUGAGGUCGCAGAAGACUUAAAUGAAACGCAAAAGACUUUGGAAGAACAGGUAGUAGGUUUAAAUAGGCAAGUAAAACAGGUACCUGGCAGCAUUUUAACAGCAAGUAUUGAUGAACACAACAAAUUAGUAAGUAAGGAACAAGAACUAGAGACAUUGCCAAAAGUAAAAGAUGUAAUCCAAAAUAUUGAACGUAGGUAUCCCUCAACGAACUUAGAAGUCACACCGUUUAGUCCACGUAAACGUGAAAUUGUAGAUCGCAAGGCUGAUAUAUCCUCGAUAGAACAACAGAUUUUAAAUGAAACUGACUUGGUAUUAGAAAACUUGGCUACAAAACGUGUUGCAGAACAGAAAAUAGUUUCACCUGUUUUAGAAACGGGUAAAACAGGCACAAGUGUUGAAGACCUUGAAUCUGUGUGCGAAAAGAAGUGCUCUAAGCGUAAAGUUUUUGACAUGGCAACAGCGUUUAGUAAAGAACCACAUAGUGAAGAUAUAAAAUCAGCGACAGCUAAAUUCUUGUCAGACGAAAAAACAAAAUAUGAUGUAUCUGAAAGUAUUAACAAAACACCGGAAAGUGAUUAUAAUAUUUUAGAUGAAAGUGGUAAACACGAAUUUCCAAUAGAAUUAACUAAGGGCGCCAAAGAAGUAGUUUUUCCGAAACAUGCACAUACAUUUGAGCGAUUGCAUUCAAUUUCAAAAGCUGAUAUUGAAGACACAAAAGAAUAUAUAAGCGUUACAACUGAGUACGAAAGGAGACUUAGUAAAUUAUUUACAGACGAAAUCGGCCCAAUAUCUCAGUCGGAUAAUACCAAAGUAGAGACAGAAGUAUUAGAAAAGUUUCCAACCUAUGAAAAAAAUGAAAUGAUAUCAAACACAUCAUUUGAUGAGGCUAACAUCCAACAAACAAGUGAAUUUAAGACAAUAUUCCCAGCAGAUUUACAAAAAAUAGAAAAUGAAAGCGAGAGUGACGAGGAGAUUGACCAUCGUGAAAAACUACAACAAAUCAAGCUUUCCCAAAUUGAAAAGGUUCCAAAAAAACCUGUAGGUCAGAUCACAUUUGCAAGCGAAACGGAAGUUACUUACUCCACAGCUUCAAAUAAAAAUGAAAAUAAAAAGUUUCCAACAAAGGAACAUUUAGACCAGAACAAACUUCAUCUUAACACCUCCAACGAAAAAGUUGACCUCAAUAAAGAGGAUCCAUAUAUUUUCUCUCAACCUUUUUAUUUAACAAAUCCAUUGCAGACACAAGCAAAACUAGCUGAAAACACCAGGUCCUCUAUUGAUGCAUCUAAGCACAUUCUUAAGGAAUAUUCUGAUGACAAAGAUAUUGGUUUGGACAAGCCUCAAGACAAACUCCUUCCCUCCACCACACCUCUAGUACCUCUAGCAAUGACUACAAGCAAAAUUACUUCCGUGAGUGAUACUCGCGAGUCUGUUGGUAUUCAGAUCAAAGAUGUAGUUAAGCUGCAAAUGGAUCCUGUGAAGUCUGUUGAGGUACCCAAAUCUCCAACUGAUGUAGCGAAGACAGUAUCAAAAGGGUAUUCAGACGAUGAGAGUGAUGACGAAUUUGGAAUUGUCAAGCCACUAGAUAAGUCUAUUCCUUCAACCACUCCUCUGCUGCCACUUGCAGACAAGACCUUGCAGAAAACUGACGAUAUUGUUAAACCAUUGACUGACUUGAAGGACGAUAAGCCACAAACUAAAUUAGCUGAGAAACCCAUGUCCCCCAUUGAUGCAACCAAGCAAACUCUUAAGGAAUAUUCUGAUGAUGAAAGUGAUGAAGAGAUUUGUUUAGACAAGCCUCAAGAGAAACUUCUUUCCUCCGCCACACCUCUGGUACCUCUAGCAAUGACUACAAGCAAAAUGACAUCCGUGAGUGAUACUCGCGAGUCUGUUGAUAUUCACAUCAAAGAGGAAGUUAAGGUGCCCAGGGAUCCUUUAAAAUCUGUUGAGAAACCCAAAUCCCCAACUGAUGUAGUGAAGACAGUUUCAAAGGGGUAUUCAGACGAUGAGAGUGAUGACGAAUUUGGAAUUGUUAAGCCACUAGAUAAGUCUAUUCCUUCAACCACUCCUCUGCUGCCACUUGCAGACAAGACCUUGCAGAAAACUGACGAUAUUGUUAAACAAUUGAUUGACUUGAAGGACUAUAAGCCACAAACUAAAUUAGUUGAGAAACCCAAGUCCCCUAUUGAUGCAUCCAAGCAAACUCUUAAGGAAACUGACGAUAUUGUUAAACCAUUGACUGAAUUGAAGGACGAUAAGCCACAAGCUAAAUUAGAUGAGAAACCCAAGUCCCCCAUUGAUGCAUCCAAGCAAACUCUUAAGGAAUAUUCCGAUAAUGAAAGUGAUGAAGAUAUUGGAUUUGAUAAACCUAAAGAGAAGCUCCUUUCCCAAGCCAUACCCCUGGUACCUGUAGCAAUGACUACAAGCACAAUUACUUCUGUGAGUGAAACACGCGAGUCUGUUGAUAUUCACAUCAAAGAGGAAGUUAAGUUGCCCGAGGAUCCUUUAAAAUCGGUUGAGAAACCCAUAUCCCCAACUGAUGUAGCUAAGACAGUUUCGAAGGGGUAUUCAGACGAUGAGAGUGAUGACGACUUUGGAAUUGUCAAGCCAUUAGAUAAGCCUAUUCCUUCAACCACUCCUCUGCUGCCACUUCCAGACAAGACUUUGCAGAAAACUGACGAUAUUGUUAAACCAUUGACUGAAUUGAAGGACGAUAAGCCACAAGCUAAAUUAGAUGAGAAACCCAAGUCCCCCAUUGAUGCAUCCAAGCAAACUCUUAAGGAAACUGACGAUAUUGUUAAACAAUUGACUGACUUGAAGGACGAUAAGCCACAAACUAAAUUAGAUGAGAAACCCAUGUCCCCCAUUGAUGCAACCAAGCAAACUCUUAAGGAAACUGACGAUAUUGUUAAACCAUUGACUGAAUUGAAGGACGAUAAGCCACAAGCUAAAUUAGAUGAGAAACCCAAGUCCCCCAUUGAUGCAUCCAAGCAAACUCUUAAGGAAAUUUCCGAUAAUGAAAGUGAUGAAGAUAUUGGAUUUGAUAAACCUAAAGAGAAGCCCCUUUCCCCAGCCAUACCCCUGGUACCUGUAGCAAUGACUACAAGCACAAUUACUUCUGUGAGUGAAACACGCGAGUCUGUUGAUAUUCACAUCAAAAAGGAAGUUAAGCUGCCCAAGGAUCCUUUAAAAUCGGUUGAGAAACCCAAAUCCCCAACCGAUGUAGUGAAGACAGUUUCAAAGGGAUAUUCUGACGAUGAGAGUGAUGACGAAUUUGGAAUUGUCAAGCCACUAGAUAAGCCUAUUCCUUCAACCACUCCUCUGCUGCCACUUGCAGACAAGACCUUGCAGAAAACUGACGAUGUUGUUAAACCAUUGACUGAAUUAAAGGACAAUAAGCCACAAGCUAAAUUAGAUGAGAAACCCAAGUCCCCCAUUGAUGCAUCCAAGCAAACUCUUAAGGAAUAUUCCGAUAAUGAAAGUGAUGAAGAUAUUGGAUUUGAUAAACCUAAAGAGAAGCCCCUUUCCCCAGCCAUACCCCUGGUACCUGUAGCAAUGACUACAAGCACAAUUACUUCUGUGAGUGAAACACGCGAGUCUGUUGAUAUUCACAUCAAAGAGGAAGUUAAGUUGCCCGAGGUUGAGAAACCCAUAUCCCCAACUGAUGUAGCUAAGACAGUUUCGAAGGGGUAUUCAGACGAUGAGAGUGAUGACGACUUUGGAAUUGUCAAGCCAUUAGAUAAGCCUAUUCCUUCAACCACUCCUUUGCUUCCACUUGUAGACAAGACCUUGCAGAAAACUGACGAUAUUGUUAAACCAUUGACUGAAUUGAAGGACGAUAAGCCACAAGCUAAAUUAGAUGAGAAACCCAAGUCCCCCAUUGAUGUAUCCAAGCUAUCUUUUAAGGAAUAUUCUGAUGAUGAAAGUGAGGAAGAGAUUUGUUCGGACAAGCCUCAAGAAAAACUCCCCUCUACAACACCUCUGGUACCUCUAGCAAUGACUACAAGCAAAAUUACUGCCUUGAGUCAUACUCGCGAGCCUGUUGAUAUCCAGAUCAAAGAUGUAGUUAAGUUGCCCAUGGAUCCUGUAAAAUCUGUUGAGAAACCCAAAUCCCCAACUGAUGUAGCUAAGACAGUUUCGAAGGGGUAUUCAGACGAUGAGAGUGAUGACGACUUUGAAAUUGUUAAGCCACUAGAUAAGCCUUUUCCUUCAACCACUCCUCUGCUGCCACUUGCAGACAAGACCUUGCAGAAAACUGACGAUAUUGUUAAACCAUUGACUGAAUUGAAGGACUAUAAGCCACAAGCUAAAUUAGAUGAGAAACCCAAGUCCCCCAUUGAUGCAUCCAAGCAAACUCUUAAGGAAUAUUCCGAUAAUGAAAGUGAUGAAGAUAUUGGAUUUGAUAAACCUAAAGAGAAGCCCCUUUCCCCAGCCAUACCCCUGGUACCUGUAGCAAUGACUACAAGCACAAUUACUUCUGUGAGUGAAACACGCGAGUCUGUUGAUAUUCACAUCAAAGAGGAAGUUAAGUUGCCCAAGGAUCCUUUAAAAUCGGUUGAGAAACCCAAAUCCCCAACUGAUGUAGCUAAGACAGUUUCAAAGGGGUAUUCAGACGAUGAGAGUGAUGACGACUUUGGAAUUGUUAAGCCACUAGAUAAGCCUAUUCCUUCAACCACUCCUCUGCUGCCACUUGCAGACAAGACCUUGCAGAAAACUGACUAUAUAGUUAAACCAUUGACUGAAUUGAAGGACGAUAAGCCACAAGCUAAAUUAGAUGAGAAACCCAAGUCCCCCAUUGAUGUAUCCAAGCUAACUUUUAAGGAAUAUUCUGAUGAUGAAAGUGAUGAAGAGAUUAGUUUGGACAAGCCUCAAGAGAAACUCCCCUCUACCACACCUCUGGUACCUCUAGCAAUGACUACAAGCAAAAUUACUGCCGUGAGUCAUACUCGCGAGUCUGUUGAUAUUCACAUCAAAGAGGAAGUUAAGUUGCCCGAGGAUCCUUUAAAAUCGGUUGAGAAACCCAUAUCCCCAACUGAUGUAGCUAAAACAGUUUCGAAGGGGUAUUCAGACGAUGAGAGUGAUGACGACUUUGGAAUUGUCAAGCCAUUAGAUAAGCCUAUUCCUUCAACCACUCCUCUGCUGCCACUUGCAGACAAGACCUUGCAGAAAACUGAUGAUAUUGUUAAACCAUUGACUGAAUUGAAGGACGAUAAGCCACAAGCUAAAUUAGAUGAGAAACCCAAGUCCCCCAUUGAUGCAUCCAAGCAAACUCUUAAGGAAACUGACGAUAUUGUUAAACAAUUGAUUGACUUGAAGGACUAUAAGCCACAAACUAAAUUAGUUGAGAAACCCAAGUCCCCCAUUGAUGCAUCCAAGCAAACUCUUAAGGAAUAUUCCGAUAAUGAAAGUGAUGAAGAAAUUGGAUUUGAUACCCCUAAAGAGAAGCCUCUUUCCUCAGCCAUACCCCUGGUACCUGUAGCAAUGACUACAAGCAAAAUUACUUCCGUGAAUGAUACUGGCGAGUUUGUUGAUAUUCAGAUCAAAGAUGUUAAGCUGCCCAUGGAUCCCGUAAAAUAUGUUGAGAAACCCAAAUCCCCAACUGAUGUAGCUAAGACAGUUUCGAAGGGGUAUUCAGACGAUGAGAGUGAUGACGAAUUGGGAAUUGUUAAGCCACUAGAUAAGUCUAUUCCUUCAACCACUCCUCUGCUGCCACUUCCAGACAAGACUUUGCAGAAAACUGACGAUAUUGUUAAACCAUUGACUGAAUUGAAGGACGAUAAGCCACAAGCUAAAUUAGAUGAGAAACCCAAGUCCCCCAUUGAUGCAUCCAAGCAAACUCUUAAGGAAAUUUCCGAUAAUGAAAGUGAUGAAGAUAUUGGAUUUGAUAAACCUAAAGAGAAGCCCCUUUCCCCAGCCAUACCCCUGGUACCUGUAGCAAUGACUACAAGCACAAUUACUUCUGUGAGUGAAACACGCGAGUCUGUUGAUAUUCACAUCAAAAAGGAAGUUAAGCUGCCCAAGGAUCCUUUAAAAUCGGUUGAGAAACCCAAAUCCCCAACCGAUGUAGUGAAGACAGUUUCAAAGGGAUAUUCUGACGAUGAGAGUGAUGACGAAUUUGGAAUUGUCAAGCCACUAGAUAAGCCUAUUCCUUCAACCACUCCUCUGCUGCCACUUGCAGACAAGACCUUGCAGAAAACUGACGAUGUUGUUAAACCAUUGACUGAAUUAAAGGACAAUAAGCCACAAGCUAAAUUAGAUGAGAAACCCAAGUCCCCCAUUGAUGCAUCCAAGCAAACUCUUAAGGAAUAUUCCGAUAAUGAAAGUGAUGAAGAUAUUGGAUUUGAUAAACCUAAAGAGAAGCCCCUUUCCCCAGCCAUACCCCUGGUACCUGUAGCAAUGACUACAAGCACAAUUACUUCUGUGAGUGAAACACGCGAGUCUGUUGAUAUUCACAUCAAAGAGGAAGUUAAGUUGCCCGAGGUUGAGAAACCCAUAUCCCCAACUGAUGUAGCUAAGACAGUUUCGAAGGGGUAUUCAGACGAUGAGAGUGAUGACGACUUUGGAAUUGUCAAGCCAUUAGAUAAGCCUAUUCCUUCAACCACUCCUUUGCUUCCACUUGUAGACAAGACCUUGCAGAAAACUGACGAUAUUGUUAAACCAUUGACUGAAUUGAAGGACGAUAAGCCACAAGCUAAAUUAGAUGAGAAACCCAAGUCCCCCAUUGAUGUAUCCAAGCUAUCUUUUAAGGAAUAUUCUGAUGAUGAAAGUGAGGAAGAGAUUUGUUCGGACAAGCCUCAAGAAAAACUCCCCUCUACAACACCUCUGGUACCUCUAGCAAUGACUACAAGCAAAAUUACUGCCUUGAGUCAUACUCGCGAGCCUGUUGAUAUCCAGAUCAAAGAUGUAGUUAAGUUGCCCAUGGAUCCUGUAAAAUCUGUUGAGAAACCCAAAUCCCCAACUGAUGUAGCUAAGACAGUUUCGAAGGGGUAUUCAGACGAUGAGAGUGAUGACGACUUUGGAAUUGUUAAGCCACUAGAUAAGCCUUUUCCUUCAACCACUCCUCUGCUGCCACUUGCAGACAAGACCUUGCAGAAAACUGACGAUAUUGUUAAACCAUUGACUGAAUUGAAGGACUAUAAGCCACAAGCUAAAUUAGAUGAGAAACCCAAGUCCCCCAUUGAUGCAUCCAAGCAAACUCUAAAGGAAUAUUCCGAUAAUGAAAGUGAUGAAGAUAUUGGAUUUGAUAAACCUAAAGAGAAGCCCCUUUCCCCAGCCAUACCCCUGGUACCUGUAGCAAUGACUACAAGCACAAUAACUUCUGUGAGUGAAACACGCGAGUCUGUUGAUAUUCACAUCAAAGAGGAAGUUAAGUUGCCCAAGGAUCCUUUAAAAUCGGUUGAGAAACCCAAAUCCCCAACUGAUGUAGCUAAGACAGUUUCAAAGGGGUAUUCAGACGAUGAGAGUGAUGACGACUUUGGAAUUGUUAAGCCACUAGAUAAGCCUAUUCCUUCAACCACUCCUCUGCUGCCACUUGCAGACAAGACCUUGCAGAAAACUGACUAUAUAGUUAAACCAUUGACUGAAUUGAAGGACGAUAAGCCACAAGCUAAAUUAGAUGAGAAACCCAAGUCCCCCAUUGAUGUAUCCAAGCUAACUUUUAAGGAAUAUUCUGAUGAUGAAAGUGAUGAAGAGAUUAGUUUGGACAAGCCUCAAGAGAAACUCCCCUCUACCACACCUCUGGUACCUCUAGCAAUGACUACAAGCAAAAUUACUGCCGUGAGUCAUACUCGCGAGUCUGUUGAUAUUCACAUCAAAGAGGAAGUUAAGUUGCCCGAGGAUCCUUUAAAAUCGGUUGAGAAACCCAUAUCCCCAACUGAUGUAGCUAAAACAGUUUCGAAGGGGUAUUCAGACGAUGAGAGUGAUGACGACUUUGGAAUUGUCAAGCCAUUAGAUAAGCCUAUUCCUUCAACCACUCCUCUGCUGCCACUUGCAGACAAGACCUUGCAGAAAACUGAUGAUAUUGUUAAACCAUUGACUGAAUUGAAGGACGAUAAGCCACAAGCUAAAUUAGAUGAGAAACCCAAGUCCCCCAUUGAUGCAUCCAAGCAAACUCUUAAGGAAACUGACGAUAUUGUUAAACCAUUGACUGAAUUGAAGGACGAUAAGCCACAAGCUAAAUUAGAUGAGAAACCCAAGUCCCCCAGUGAUGCAUCCAAGCAAACUCUUAAGGAAUAUUCCGAUGACGAAAGUGAUGAAGAUAUUGGAUUUGAUAAACCUAAAGAGAAGCCCCUUUCCCAAGCCAUACCCCUGGUACCUGUAGCAAUGACUACAAGCACAAUUACUUCUGUGAGUGAAACACGCGAGUCUGUUGAUAUUCACAUCAAAGAGGAAGUUAAGUUGCCCGAGGAUCCUUUACAAUCGGUUGAGAAACCCAUAUCCCCAACUGAUGUAGCUAAAACAGUUUCGAAGGGGUAUUCAGACGAUGAGAGUGAUGACGACUUUGGAAUUGUCAAGCCAUUAGAUAAGCCUAUUCCUUCAACCACUCCUCUGCUGCCACUUGCAGACAAGACCUUGCAGAAAACUGACGAUAUUGUUAAACCAUUGACUGAAUUGAAGGACGAUAAGCCACAAGCUAAAUUAGAUGAGAAACCCAAGUCCCCCAUUGAUGUAUCCAAGCUAUCUUUUAAGGAAUAUUCUGAUGAUGAAAGUGAGGAAGAGAUUUGUUUGGACAAGCCUCAAGAGAAACUCCCCUCUACAACACCUCUGGUACCUCUAGCAAUGACUACAAGCAAAAUUACUGCCGUGAGUCAUACUCGCGAGCCUGUUGAUAUCCAGAUCAAAGAUGUAGUUAAGUUGCCCAUGGAUCCUGUAAAAUCUGUUGAGAAACCCAAAUCCCCAACUGAUGUAGCUAAGAUAGUUUCGAAGGGGUAUUCAGACGAUGAGAGUGAUGACGACUUUGGAAUUGUUAAGCCACUAGAUAAGCCUUUUCCUUCAACCACUCCUCUGCUGCCACUUGCAGACAAGACCUUGCAGAAAACUGACGAUAUUGUUAAACCAUUGACUGAAUUGAAGGACGAUAAGCCACAAGCUAAAUUAGAUGAGAAACCCAAGUCCCCCAUUGAUGCAUCCAAGCAAACUCUUAAGGAAUAUUCCGAUAAUGAAAGUGAUGAAGAUAUUGGAUUUGAUAAACCUAAAGAGAAGCCCCUUUCCCCAGCCAUACCCCUGGUACCUGUAGCAAUGACUACAAGCACAAUUACUUCUGUGAGUGAAACACGCGAGUCUGUUGAUAUUCACAUCAAAGAGGAAGUUAAGCCGCCCAAGGAUCCUUUAAAAUCGGUUGAGAAACCCAAAUCCCCAACCGAUGUAGUGAAGACCUUGCAGAAAACUGACGAUAUUGUUAAACCAUUGACUGAAUUGAAGGACGAUAAGCCACAAGCUAAAUUAGAUGAGAAACCCAAGUCCCCCAUUGAUGCAUCCAAGCAAACUCUUAAGGAAUAUUCCGAUAACGAAAGUGAUGAAGAUAUUGGAUUUGAUAAACCUAAAGAGAAGCCCCUUUCCCAAGCCAUACCCCUGGUACCUGUAGCAAUGACAACAAGCACAAUUACUUCUGUGAGUGAAACACGCGAGUCUGUUGAUAUUCACAUCAAAGAGGAAGUUAAGUUGCCCGAGGAUCCUUUAAAAUCGGUUGAGAAACCCAUAUCCCCAACUGAUGUAGCUAAGACAGUUUCGAAGGGGUAUUCAGACGAUGAGAGUGAUGACGACUUUGGAAUUGUCAAGCCAUUAGAUAAGCCUAUUCCUUCAACCACUCCUCUGCUGCCACUUGCAGACAAGACCUUGCAGAAAACUGACGAUAUUGUUAAACCAUUGACUGAAUUGAAGGACGAUAAGCCACAAGCUAAAUUAGAUGAGAAACCCAAGUCCCCCAUUGAUGCAUCCAAGCAAACUCUUAAGGAAUAUUCCGAUAAUGAAAGUGAUGAAGAUAUUGGAGUUGAUAAACCGAAAGAGAAGCCCCUUUCCCCAGCCAUACCCCUGGUACCUGUAGCAAUGACUACAAGCACAAUUUCUUCUGUGAGUGAAACACGCGAGUCUGUUGAUAUUCACAUCAAAGAGGAAGUUAAGCUGCCCGAGGAUCCUUUAAAAUCGGUUGAAAAACCCAAAUCCCCAACCGAUGUAGUGAAGACAGUUUCAAAGGGAUAUUCAGACGAUGAGAGUGAUGACGAAUUUGGAAUUGUUAAGCCACUAGAUAAGCCUAUUCCUUCAACCACUCCUCUGCUGCCACUUGCAGACAAGACCUUGCAGAAAACUGACGAUAUUGUUAAACCAUUGACUGAAUUGAAGGACGAUAAGCCACAAGCUAAAUUAGAUGAGAAACCCAAGUCGCCCAUUGAUGCAUCCAAGCAAACUCUUAAGGAAUAUUCCGAUAAUGAAAGUGAUGAAGAUAUUGGAUUUGAUAAACCUAAAGAGAAGCUCCUUUCCCAAGCCAUACCCCUGGUACCUGUAGCAAUGACUACAAGCACAAUUACUUCUGUGAGUGAAACACGCGAGUCUGUUGAUAUUCACAUCAAAGAGGAAGUUAAGUUGCCCGAGGAUCCUUUAAAAUCGGUUGAGAAACUCAUAUCCCCAACUGAUGUAGCUAAGACAGUUUCGAAGGGGUAUUCAGACGAUGAGAGUGAUGACGACUUUGGAAUUGUCAAGCCAUUAGAUAAGCCUAUUCCUCCAACCACUCCUCUGCUGCCAUUUGCAGUCAAGACCUUCCAGAAAACUGACGAUAUUGUUAAACCAUUGACUGAAUUGAAGGACGAUAAGCCACAAGCUAAAUUAGAUGAGAAACCCAAGUCCCCCAUUGAUGUAUCCAAGCUAACUUUUAAGGAAUAUUCUGAUGAUGAAAGUGAUGAAGAGAUUUGUUUGGACAAACCUCAAGAGAAACUCCCCUCUACCACACCUCUGGUACCUCUAGCAAUGACUACAAGCACAAUUACUUCUGUGAGUGAAACACGCGAGUCUGUUGAUAUUCACAUCAAAGAGGAAGUUAAGCUGCCCGAGGAUCCUUUACAAUCGGUUGAGAAACCCAUAUCCCCAACUGAUGUAGCUAAGACCGUUUCGAAGGGGUAUUCAGACGAUGAGAGUGAUGACAACUUUGGAAUUGUUAAGCGACUAGAUAAGCCUUUUCCUUUAACCACUCCUCUGCUGCCACUUGCAGACAAGACCUUGCAGAAAACUGACGAUAUUGUUAAACCAUUGACUGACUUGGAGGACGAUAAGCCACAAGCUAAAUUAGAUGAGAAACCCAAGUCCCCCAUUGAUGCAUCCAAGCAAACUCUUAAGGAAUAUUCCGAUAAUGAAAGUGAUGAAGAUAUUGGAGUUGAUAAACCGAAAGAGAAGCCCCUUUCCCCAGCCAUACCCCUGGUACCUGUAGCAAUGACUACAAGCACAAUUACUUCUGUGAGUAAAACACGCGAGUCUGUUGAUAUUCACAUCAAAGAGGAAGUUAAGCUGCCCAAGGAUCCUUUAAAAUCGGUUGAGAAACCCAAAUCCCCAACUGAUGUAGCUAAGACAGUUUCGAAGGGGUAUUCAGACGAUGAGAGUGAUGACGACUUUGGAAUUGUUAAGCCACUAGAUAAGCCUUUUCCUUCAACCACUCCUCUGCUGCCACUUGCAGACAAGACCUUGCAGAAAACUGGCGAUAUUGUUAAACCAUUGACUGAAUUGAAGGACGAUAAGCCACAAGCUAAAUUAGAUGAGAAACCCAAGUCCCCCAUUGAUGCAUCCAAGCAAACUCUUAAGGAAUAUUCCGAUAAUGAAAGUGAUGAAGAUAUUGGAGUUGAUAAACCGAAAGAGAAGCCCUUUUCCCCAGCCAUACCCCUGGUACCUGUAGCAAUGACUACAAGCACAAUUACUUCUGUGAGUAAAACACGCGAGUCUGUUGAUAUUCACAUCAAAGAGGAAGUUAAGCUGCCCAAGGAUCCUUUAAAAUCGGUUGAGAAACCCAAAUCCCCAACUGAUGUAGCUAAGACAGUUUCGAAGGGGUAUUCAGACGAUGAGAGUGAUGACGACUUUGGAAUUGUUAAGCCACUAGAUAAGCCUUUUCCUUCAACCACUCCUCUGCUGCCACUUACAGACAAGACCUUGACUGACUUGAAGGACGAUAAGCCACAAGCUAAAUUAGAUGAGAAACCCAAGUCCCCCAUUGAUGCAUCCAAGCAAACUCUUAAGGAAUAUUCCGAUAAUGAAAGUGAUGAAGAUAUUGGAGUUGAUAAACCGAAAGAGAAGCCCCUUUACCCAGCCAUACCCCUGGAACCUGUAGCAAUGACUACAAGCACAAUUACUUCUGUGAGUAAAACACGCGAGUCUGUUGAUAUUCACAUCAAAGAGGAAGUUAAGCUGCCCAAGGAUCCUUUAAAAUCGGUUGAGAAACCCAAAUCCCCAACUGAUGUAGCUAAGACAGUUUCGAAGGGGUAUUCAGACGAUGAGAGUGAUGACGACUUUGGAAUUGUUAAGCCACUAGAUAAGCCAAUUCCUUCAACCACUCCUCUGCUGCCAAUUGCAGACAAGACCUUGCAGAAAACAGACGAUAUUGUUAAACCAUUGACUGAAUUGAAGGACGAUAAGCCACAAGCUAAAUUAGAUAAGAAACCCAAGUCGCCCAUUGAUGCAUCCAAGCAAACUCUUAAGGAAACUGACGAUAUUGUUAAACCAUUGACUGAAUUGAAGGACGAUAAGCCACAAGCUAAAUUAGAUGAGAAACCCAAGUCCCCCAUUGAUGUAUCCAAGCUAACUCUUAACGAAUAUUCUGAUGAUGAAAGUGAUGAAGAGAUUUGUUUGGACAAGCCUCAAGAGAAACUCCCCUCUACCACACCUCUGGUACCUCUAGCAAUGACUACAAGCAAAAUUACUGCCGUGAGUCAUACUCGCGCGUCUGUUGAUAUCCAGAUCAAAGAUGUAGUUAAGCUGCCCAUGGAUCCUAUAAAAUCUGUUGAGAAACCCAAAUCCCCAACUGAUGUAGCUAAGACAGUUUCAAAGGGGUAUUCAGACGAUGAGAGUGAUGACGACUUUGGAAUUGUUAAGCCACUAGAUAAGCCUUUUCCUUCAACCACUCCUCUGCUGCCACUUGCAGACAAGACCUUACAGAAAACUGACGAUGUGGUUAGACCAUUGACUUCCUUGAAGGACGAUAAGCCAAAAGGUAAAUUAGAUGAGAAACCCAAGUCCCUCAUUGAUUCAUCCAAGCAAACUCUUAAGGAAUAUUCUGAUGAUGAAAGUAAUGAAGAUAUUGGAUUUGAUAAGCCUCAAAACAAGCCCCUUUCCUCAGCCAUACCCCUGCUACCUGUAGCAAUGACUACAAGCAAAAUUACUUCCGUGAGAGAAACACGCGAGUCGGUUGGUAUUCAGAUCAAUGAUGUAGUUAAGCUGCCCAUGGAAUUAGUAAAAUCUGUUGAGGGACCCAAAUCUCCAACUGUUGUGGCGAAAACAGUUUCAAAGAGGUAUUCAGACGAUGAGAGUGAUGACGAAUUUGGAUUUGUAAGGCCACUAGAUAAGCCUAUUCCUUCAACCACUCCCCUAGUGCCACUUGCAGAAGAGACCUUGCAGAAAACUGACGAUAUUGUUAAACCAUUGACUGACUUGAAGGACGAUAAGCCACAAGGUAAAUUAGAUGAGAAACCCAAGUCCCCCAUUGAUGCAUCCAAGCAAACUUUUAAGGAAUAUUCUGAUGAUGAAAGUGAUGAAGAGAUUUUUUUGGAAAAGCCUCAAGACAAACUCCUUCCCUCCACCACACCUCUGGUACCUCUAGCAAUGAAUACAAGCAAAAUUACUUCCGUGAGUGAUACUGGCGAGUCUGUUGAUAUCCAGAUCAAAGAUGUAGUUAAGCUGCCCAUGGAUCCUAUAAAAUCUGUUGAGAAACCCAAAUCCCCAACUGAUGUAGCUAAGACAGUUUCAAAGGGGUAUUCAGACGAUGAGAGUGAUGACGACUUUGGAAUUGUUAAGCCGCUAGAUGAGCCUUUUCCUUCGACCACUCCUCUGCUGCCACUUGCAGACAAGACCUUGCAUAAGACUGAUGAUAUUGUUAGACCCAUGACUUCCUUGAAGGACGAUAAGCCACAAGCUAAAUUAGAUGAGAAACCCAAGUCCCCCAUUGAUGCAUCCAAGCAAACUCUUAAGGAAUAUUCUGAUGCUGAAAGUGAUGAAGAGAUUUGUUUGGACAAGCCUCAAGACAAACUCCCCUCUAACACACCUCUGGUAUCUCUAGCAAUAACAACAAGCAAAAUUACUUCCGUGAGUGAUACUGGCGAGUCUGUUGAUAUCCAGAUCAAAGAUGUAGUUAAGCUGCCCAUGGAUCCUGUAAAAUCUGUUGAGAAACCCAAAUCCCCAACUGAUGUAGCUAAGACAGUUUCGAAGGGGUAUUCAGACGAUGAGAGUGAUGACGACUUUGGAAUUGUUAAGCCACUAGAUAAGCCUAUUCCUUCAACCACUCCUCUGCUGCCACUUGCAGACAAGACCUUGCAGAAAACUGAUGAUAUUGUUAAACCAUUGACUGAAUUGAAGGACGAUAAGCCACAAGCUAAAUUAGAUGAGAAACCCAAGUCCCCCAUUGAUGCAUCCAAGCAAACUCUUAAGGAAUAUUCUGAUGAUGAAAGUGAUGAAGAGAUUUGUUUGGACAAGCCUCAAGACAAACUCCUUCCCUCCACCACACCUCUGGUUCCUCUAGCAAUGACUACAAGCAAAAUUACUUCCGUGAGUGAUACUGGCGAGUCUGUUGAUAUCCAGAUCAAAGAUGUAGUUAAGCUGCCCAUGGAUCCUGUAAAAUCUGUUGAGAAACCCAAAUCCCCAACUGAUGUAGCUAAGACAGUUUCGAAGGGGUAUUCAGACGAUGAGAGUGAUGACGACUUUGGAAUUGUUAAACCACUAGAUAAGCCUUUUCCUUCAACCUCUCCCCUGCUGCCACUUGCAGACAAGACCUUGCAGAAAACUGAUGAUAUUGUUAAACCAUUGACUGAAUUGAAGGACGAUAAGCCACAAGCUAAAUUAGAUGAGAAACCCAAGUCCCCCAUUGAUGAAUCCAAGCAAACUCUUAAGGAAUAUUCUGAUGAUGAAAGUGAUGAAGAGAUUUGUUUGGAAAAGCCUCAAGACAAGCUCCUUCCCUCCACCACCCCUCUGGUACCUCUAUCACUUGCAGACAAACCUUUGCAGAAAGCUGAUAAUAUACCUAAACCAUUUAUUGACUUGAAAAGUGAUAUCCCACAAUAUAAAUUAGAUGACAAGCCCAAGUCCCCUAUUAAUGCAUCUAAGAAAACUCAUAAGGAAUAUUCUGAUGAUGAAAGCGGUAAAGAGAUUGGUUUUGAUAAGCCUCAAGAACUUCCCUCCACCACAUCUCUGGUACCUCUAGCAAUGACUAUAAACAAAACUACUUUUGUGAGUGAAACUCGUGAGUCAGUUGAUACACAGAUCAAAGAUAUGCCAAUAUGUCAUACAAAAACGGUUGAGGAACCCAAAUCUUCAACUGAAGUAGCUGAUCUAGGUCCAAAAGAACACUUGGGCGGUUACAGUGGUAGCGAAGUUGGAAUUGUAAAGUCAAUUCCCGCAAAUUGUCUGAAAUCCAUAAUGCAAGCUCCGUCUGGUGAGCAUGUUAAAUAUUGUAAUGUUCUUGCUGAUGACAUUGCUGCGAGGGAUUUAAGUCUUGAUUUAGUUAUGGAUUCCCCUAAUCAAUUAAUCGGCCGUACUGGCAUCGACAGCCACUCAAUUGCUGAGAAGGUGAUUCCAGAAUCCCUUUCUGAUUUCGAUGAUACAAGAUCGGUUCAGCAAAUUGUUGAAGAAACUUUACGGGCUGGUGAUGCAGAGGUACAAAAGAUUAUAAAAGAAACUCUUAAAAGUGCGCAGUCUCAUAGAGAAUUAGAUCAAAAGGAUUAUAUAUUUCCAGAGUUAUGCGAAAGUGAACGAUCGGUUGAAGAGAUUGUGGAAGAUACUUUAAAAAGUGCAAAAGUUAAGGGAGCAGACAAAAAUGAGGUAAUAAAUCUAGUAGGAGAUGAUGUAGCUUCGACGAAAAAAGAGAUAGCUGAGUGUAAAGAAGUCCGACCUAUUGCUUAUUUCGUCAAGUUAGGUGAUGAAAAGAUAGAUGUUAUGCCUGCAAAAAAGAUAGAAAUGAAAACGCCAGUUAACAAAUCCAAAACAGUAAGAAAUGUCAAAGCAAAAUCCGAGGUAAAUGUAAUUAAAAAACCACAAAUUAAAAAGCAAGUAGAUAAUAAGGAAAGACCAGCGACUACUCAAACGAAAUCACCAUUGACACAAACAAAAUUAUCGAAUGCAUCUAGCAAACAAUCAGGGGUAAAAAAGGCAUUAACAAAUGAACCUCAGAAGGUUUCUAGAAAAACCGAGUCAAGGAGAUCAGUUACAAGUUCUAUUUCGACAACAACAAGCUCGGGUUCAGCUACAAGUCGAGUCAUAAGUGAAAUUCACUUCGAAAGAUCCGCAAGUCCCGCAUCAAGUUCAAUAUUUUAUGAAAGCCACACUCAAGGCGAAAACAGCCGCUCCACAACGCCAAGGCCUAGGGUAAAAACAGAUGUUACGAAAAUACCAUACAACACCUCGGUUCGCGCGUUAAGUCCAUCACCCAAAUCCACAAAAUCGACAAAAACAACAUCCAUCAAACAAGAUGUCAGUAAGAAAGCUAGAGUGUUUAGUAAAAAGGUAAAAACAGAGACUACCCCAAAAUCUACAAAAGUUUUGGAAGACAACAAGCGAAUAAAAACGCCAACUCCAUCUGCCACACACCGAUAUAUGCAGCCGACUUUAGCUCACAGUAUGCGUUUUGGCCUAAAUGCCGAUAGUGAAAGUCGAAGUGCGACUCCGGCACCAGCAAAAUCACCAGCCCCACCUAAAUCGCCAGCUCCAGCACAACCCAAUCGACAAAGUAUAUAUAAAACAAAGAAUACGAUAAGUGCCUUGACAAAAAACUCGUCAAUAGAUCAAAAGCAGCAAAAAAAAUUGAUUACAGAAAAGCCCUCAGUUUUGACCAAGAAAGGUUCCCAUACUGAAAGUAAGGAUUUAUUACAGAGUACAGAUCGCCUUUACAAAAGACAAAUAUCCAAAGAGAAUAAGCAAGCAAACGUGAUAGGCUCCAAGAGCCAAAUAACUAAAAGCAUGAGGACACAAUCAGCUACUGCAACUAAAUCAAUUGCCUACAAAACUUCCAUAGAAUCUGAUAACAAGCUACAGAAAAAAACUACAUCAACUAUGCAACAACGCACCAAAGUUCCAAUUAGCUUGUCUUCCGUAACAACAAGAGCUUCAACUAAGCUAAGCAACAAAAGUGAUGAAACCGUUUUAAAACCUCAGAUAGACAAUAAGAAAAUCGUUAGGAGGACAGCAAGCAAAACAACUGAGGGGAGCAGUAAUAUCAAGAAAAAUGUGCGCAGCUCCAUAGAACCAAAACUCCAAAAGCAGAUGAAGGAUACAAUGAACGAAUCGAGCACUACAGCCAGCGGCAGCACCAGUGCCAGCGGCUCCUCGAGCAGCACCCGACGCAGUGUACGUUCCGUGAUGGUUAGCCGCAAGACUGACAAAGAGAAGACGAAUAUGAAGCUAUCGGAACAGAAGGGUGUGAUAUCGACAUCGACUGUGCGCGUUCAUAGGGAGCCGACAGCCACUACCGGCGCGGUUAGCACCGUGCUCGUUGAUGACGACUCCGAGGUGAUAACCAUACGUUCCAUUAAAUCAAGUGAUAGUACAAAAAGCUCUACCUCAUCAUCCUCUGGUAGCGGCAGCAACAGUCGCAAGGUGCUAACCAGCGAGGUUUUCACUAAGACUUUCGGCCCCGAUAAGCCCCUGGAAGUGAUCUACCGCCAACCCGAUUUUGAUACAGAGCACCACACGGCAAUAGGAAUGCGUCCGCAAUCCAGAAAUGAACAACAGCGCUACGUUAACGAGUUCGAUGUCAGCUUUAUCGAUACCACCGAUUCCAGUCUCUCCGACUCUGUUGCACUGCCGAUGUUUACCGCUGGUGAUCCAGAGCGCCUGCUGGCCGCCAGUCCUGGCUCCCCCAAGCCAACCCGUAGUCCCUUAGCCUUAAUUGAGGAAACAUUGCGGCGUCACCAUCAGCAUCAGCAUCAUCAGCAUAUUGCUGCAUCGGGCAGUGCAGUGGUAGACCCUUCGCAACAAUUGCAAGUCGAGAGCGACAGCAUUGUGGCGGUGAGUGAGAGUCGCCUUAAAAAAGAGACGGAGAAAAGCUGCACAUCAAAAGAAGGAUUUACAAAAACAACAAUUGCUCCAUCCAUUCUGCAUACAGAAAAUGUAGCCCAAGAAAUUGAUGAUGUUAAAGUUGGUGAAGGUGAUGAUGGCGAAGAUCUUGUGGCACGCAUCCGCGAGGAAGCCAAAAUUCUAGUCGAACACGUGCUCGAAGAGAGUGUUGAUUUCAUUGAAUGCCAGGGGGAACAGCCCAAUGGCCACGACUUUAUAAAGCACGAAUACAAUUCUGAGAGUGAAAACUAUGCUAUAACAUGCGACGAUAUUAGCGGCGUUGAUGUCAUCAAAUCGCCAACCAUUGAGUCCAUGUCGGGCAAGUCAUUCGAUGAUAACAUGAGUUUUACCGACGAGCACAUUAACUUACCCUUGCAUGCCCAAAACAUGACAACAACAACAACAACAAUUACAACGCAGUUGCAACAACAACAUCAGCAGCAGCAGCAGCAGCCACAAGCUAAUGUUGCUGCCACAAGCCCAUCAACAGCAAAAGUGCCUAGUGAAGGGGAUAAGAAAAUGGAGGUGCGUACCAGACGUAUCGAGCAUAAGAUUGAAAAAUUAUCCGCUGAUGUUGAUGUCAGCGAUGUCAGCGCCCGAUUUAAUGAGACAUUCGAGACAGUUGUGCAAGAGGACGAGAUAAGUGCUCUGCAGGGUGAUUAUUCCAAGCUCAGUUGGGAUGAUAGUGUGUCACCCACGACUAACACAAUGGCCGACAUGGCACAGACCCAACUGACGCCCGAUAAUGAUAUUCAAGAAUUGACAACAGAAACAGGCGGCGAUUUACCAAUUUCAACCGAUACUACCCCUAUACCACCGUCGGCUGUUGUAGAAACAACAACAACAACAACGACAACAUCAGCUGAAACGGUGGUCGAAACCAAUACUUUGGCGACCUCCAGCCACGACACACCCACACCGAAACCUCGCGUACUCAAAACAAGCCCGCCCGACUCCAUCUCCGAAGGCACAGAUAGCACCACCAUUCCACAUCAAGUGCAACAAUCCGACUUACCGAUCGACAAUUCCGCACCAGUUCCGAAACCACGAGCGCCCAUUAAGCACACAGAUCAGUUUGAGAACCUGGCUGCCUUGGGCGAGCAAUCCGACAGUAUUAGCCUGCGUAGCUUUGAUUUUACAGAGGAUAUUUCCAAAACAGACGAACCCUCUACAGAACUGUCCAUACGUUCUCAGCAACGAGAUGUAGUCACCACAACCACCACUACAACUGCUUCUGAGGAUCAUACCGAAAGCUUCGAGCCAACGAGUGAGAUUUCAGUGGACGAAGCAGAUACUGAAAAAUCGGAGGGUGUUGAGAAGACAACCAGCUUUUAUAUUGGCGAGUCAAGUCGAAAUGUAAUCAUCAAAACUUCUACGAAAUCUCCCAGCAUGACGCCACAGGAUGAAGAUCCUAAGACGGAAAUGAAUAUUGAGGCCAAAGAUAUAUCACUGAUGAAGGAGGUGUCCGUCGAUUCGGAUGAAGCCAACGAUGCUUUCAAAGAAUAUGUAACUAUGAAGCCCGAUGAUCCCCUCACUUUAGAUAGUAAAAUAGUUAGACAAAGUUCAGAAACUCGAAAUGAUCUCUUAGAAUUUGAAAAUGCUGACAAAGAUAAAUCCACCGAUGCAAAACUUUCUAAAGUCACCACCGAGGAGAGCCUAACCACGUCGACAGGCUCUAGUGGUCGUGCUGUUAUAGAGGUGGCACCUUCAAGUAGUGAAGAUCCAGACGAGUCCAGUAAGGAAAUUCCGGAAAUAGUCAACACAAUAGCUGAAAAGCCAGACAAAUUCGAGCUUCCACUUGAGAAAAGUGAGUGGGAAACAUCAGAAAAGGAAAUUCCAACUACAAGUAAGCCAAAGGUAGUGCACUCGCCACAGCAACCACAAGCAGCAACUGAGAAACAUGUCAUUGACGAGAUGCCCAUUGCAGAUAUUCAAGAAUCCGUCGAGAAAGUAAAAAAAGAUUUUGAACUUAACAAAAUGCCUCAAGCUUUUAGCACUGACGCUGAGAAUGAGGACGUAUCAUCCUUUAUAGGUAUACCCGAACUUCAAGCCUCCACAAUAGACGGUACCCAGCCACCAGAGGGUCUUUUCGAUACAACCAUCAAGGAGACAUUAAACAAACAAGCUGCUAUAGCUCACUAUGCCAAAGAUGUGUUUGGCCAAGUAGAGCGGCGUGAUGAUCAUGGAUCUCUCGGGUUUGUCUCAACAGGCACGGCUGAAGAUUUUAGUUCAAUGGAGGAUCGUUUAACGAAGGAAGAGCAAGGCUCACUCGGGUUUAUAUCUACGGAAACGGCUGAAGACUUUAGUUCUAUGGAGGACUAUUAUACGGAGAGGCUAGCAACAGCCUCUGUAGUCGUAGAAGACAGCAUUGCAGAUAAAUCCAUGAGCAGUAAUUUUGAAGAAGUGGUUUCAGAUCAAAGUAUUAAGCCUGUGGACUUAGUGGUUCAUCGCAUAAAAAGUGAUAGCUCGCCAGACUCCGCCAAUCGCUGGUCCAUUCCAGAUGUUGAUAAUUCCAGCUCCAGUGAUAGUUAUCACAAGAGCUUCGAGAAAACACACAGUCGUCCACUUUCGUCUGAUGUAGAAAACUUGCUUACUGGCACUGGAACCUCAAGCGAAUACCAAACAGCUCGCGACUUCACACCUUCCACCUGUCGCGAUGGUACCGAAUACGUGAGUGCAGUCAGUACCCUGGGUAGCAGCAGUGGAAAGUCUAUUAGCUCGCAUGAGAGCAUGCGCAGCCUGGACUCGCAGUCGGAAACAUCGGCCAAUCUGAUGAGCAUUGAUGUCUCUGAGCUGUCCGAGACUUUGGUAGCAUCAUCAACAGAAGCUGAUGCCUUAGAGGCUGAAGAAAUGGCUCGCCUGCACGAGUUGCGCGCAGAUGACGACGAUAGCGAUGAAAGCCUUGAUAUGAUAGCUUCUUCGCAUCACAGUGCCGACCAGCAAAGCUUGAUGAAGCGCUCUCAGGAAAUGAUAUUCAAGCCUAAAUCCGAGCCUGAAAUUAUACCUCAGCAACAAUCGGUUGAGACAAUGCAGAUUGAAGAGUAUCCCAAGCCAAAAGAAGUUGAGCGUACUUGGGGCUUAGCAUAUCCGAUUGAUGAAAAAGAGGGAAAGAUCGAUAGUUCUCGGGAUAGCGAUAAGGGUGAAGAUAUCUUGCUUUAUCACGGCGACCCCAGACGUUCGAUUGACGAAUCGAAGCUGGCAUCAAGUUUAGACGAAGGAAGCAUACUUUCCGUCAGCAUGUCUAGCACAUCGAAUAUUGACACCGUUGUCGAAAACUUUGAUGAUAUAAUUGGCUCUGCCGGCUCAUCAUCUUUGACGGGAAUUGAAGGUUUUCAGUAUGGCCACGAUGAUCCAGUACCUUCCACAUCAAUACCCGAAGAUACAUUUGUAUUGGAGAUGGAAAGUAAGGAAAAUUCACCACAAGACUCAAAUGCCAGUACGCCACCUGGCAGUGAGUCAAAGAGACGUGGUCACAAGCGCAAUGAGAGUACAACAAUUUCUGGAGAUGCCCUGAAAAAUUUGGACAAGGAUUCAGUUUUACCAGGCGAAGGCAAGGAAUCCGAAAGUGAGUCCGACACAGAUCCCUAUGAAUCCGAAUAUGCUCGUCAGUUCCGCUCCCCGAAAGAACGAAAACACAAGAAAAAGAAACAAGCCGCUGCAGAAAUGGAUCACAGCUCCGAGCUUGAGAAACGUCCAUUUACACCUUCUCAGCUGGUAGCCGAAGUUAUUGUUGAGGAUGCAACAGAAGAGUUGGAGGCGGAAGCAGCUAUGAUUGAAGAGCGACGACCAUCACAAAAUAUGCAAAACUAUUCAAAUAUACCCGACAUUAUGGUAACUGAGGAUGUGAAGUCGCCCAUUUUAGAAGAUGCUGAUGAGUACCCUGAGAAGACUUUGUACAAGGUUCGCACUGAAGAGGAGCUUGACAAGGCUACUGAUGUUGGCACUUAUCAAAAAGCCAAGGCUGAAGAGAAAGAACUGGACUUCCAAAGGCGUGUACAGGAGCAAUAUAAACAGAAACUCGAAGAACUAAAACGCGCCGAAGUGGGUGCUGAUUACGAUGAUCAACGAGCAGCGGAUUCACCGGACUCCUUCGAAAUGGUGGAACAGCCUGAUAUAUCUGACGAGUUUGUCAUAAUUGAAGAAGUAGCCAAAGAGGCCAAUGAGGCUGACCUGGGAGGCAGGAGCAUUAAGAUUAAGCCAACUAAAUAUGAGCAAAAGCAUGAUGAAGAUGUCGAAAAAAUCAUUAUCAAAUCGGCACCUGCCGACCCCAAACUCGGCUCCCAGUUGUACAAGGACGACCUCAAUUUUGAGUUUGAGGAAAGCCCACCAACGGGAGCCAGCAGUAGCAGCGAGCAGCAGGAGGAGAGCGAUUCCAGCGAUACAGCAGCAGCUAAUAAGCGAUGGGUCGAGAUGCAGCUAACUGAUACACAGCUACGCUAUCCUUACGAUCUGACGGGCGCUGUGCUCGAAGACAUCAAGGAGGAGGAUGGAGAAUUUGAAGUGGGCAGCAGUCGCAUCAGCAGUUUCAAGGACUCCUUCUCAAGCACACCCGAAUACGAUCUGGCAGCACGCCGCUAUCAUUCGCGAGGUGAACACGACGAUGUGUCUAUGAGCAGCCUGCAAGAGUUCGAGUCACUGGAGCAGGCUAUUUCAUUAGAGAACCGAAAUCGCGCCCACCAGGGCUCCACGGACUCCAGCAACGGCAGCUUCACACGCCGCUAUAUGGUGAGACAUAGUGGAAGCGGCACAGUGCCUGGCGAUGAUGUCUCCAUAUCCAGCUUAAAGGAUUUUGAGGGAUUGGAGAAUGCAUGCAUCGAAGCUCAUCUGAUUGAAAUUAAGGCAAAGGAGGAAGCUGCUCUGCUCUCGCGUUCCGACGAGUCCAACAAAUCAAAUGGCAGCGACCAUGGCGCUGCGGGUAAUGUGGUGGUCACCAAGGUUACUCGCACUGUGACCCGCACCGAAGUGUUGCCAGCAGGGCAAGCUGACAACCUUGAACAUUUGCUCAAGCAACAAUUGGAACGGGAUGAAUUUGAUUCGAAAGCAGUUAGUACAGUGAAAAUUACCGAAAUACCAGCCACAGAACUGGAUCCAAAGUCAAAAAUUGACAGCCAGGAUUCCGAAAAGGACAGCAUCGACAGCAUGGAGAUAAGGAGCCAUGACAUGAUGACUAGCAGCAUAGAAAGCUUCGAUAUAUCGAAGGACGCCACCACACGCUCAGACAUCGACUCGUUGGAAAUUGACAAACGGCAUUCGCGACAGGAGAGCAUUGAAUCUUUCGGGGAUGAGCAGCUGGAUCUUAUGUCUAAACUAGUCAGCGGAGGCGGAGUAACAUUAGGUGAUGGAUUGACAACCACAACGACGACCACAACCACCAGCACCGAUGCCGAUGGCCAAGAGCACACAGUUACGCGCGUGAUAACCACCACAACUGUGUCCGGUGGCAGUGGUAUUCUGGAAUUGCCUCUGGAUGAGAGCGGUAUGUCAAAGGAUAUAUCCGUUGAUUCUCUGAAUCUGUGCAUUGAGCAAACAACCAGCUCGGCAGGCACAACAGCCACGUACCAGACCAGCGCAGGAAAUUCACAGAUGUCGGGCAGUGUUACUAGCUGUGCAUCAAGUACAUUAAUGGAAGACUCGUUUCCUGGUGUGGGUGGCAUGUCGUCCUCUCAAAUGUCGGCCAGUUUCUGGUCGCACGAUGAGUCCACGGUGGUUGAGGAUGAGGAUCUAAGGACACAACAACAACAACAACAACAACAGCAUCAACAACAGUAAAGAUGAGAAGGAAAGAAUUAAUAAAUAAAGGGCUUAAACAAUGACUAAGAAUUUUUGGCUAGACAAGAUGUUCAACUAAGGAUGACAAUUAAAACGCAUCUUCUGUCGGAUUACUGACUAUGAAACAUUUUGAAUGGGACACCAGAUCACCAACUUUAGACGUCACGGACCUUGAUUAUCUUAAACUUGAAUUACCAUUGAAUAAGAAACUAGCAAAUUCGUCAUUUUUUCAUCAGUAUAAACAUUUUAAAUGUAUUUGAAAUGCAACACAUGAGUUUUAAAUACUUAUAAAUAUUAUAAAAAUUGCAAAAAUUGAAUAUGGCAAGCAUUAAUUGUUUCGCAUUUUCUGUAAUUGGCUUUAAUGUUUUAACAUUUAAAAUAAAAAUCAAAUCUUAUAAGGAACAACAAUUCUUGAGCUAACGCAUUGUAUCGAAAUGCAGAAUACACAUUCGCUUUUAAUUUGAUGUAGUUAUACUUAUAUGUAUCUAUUAAAUGAAUCGCUUAUUAUUGUAGUUUAAUUUAAGCAAAAUAUACAAGUGCAUAUGUAAAGAGCAAGUAGGAAAGGAAAGGCCUGGGAAGUGAAAUGCUUUUAAAGUCUCAUUUUUUACAAGAACCAAGCAAAUUUUUACGCUUGCAUAUUUUAAUGAAAAAUAUACAUACAAUAUUAUACAAUAACAAACCGAAAUGCAUAGAUAAAAUUUAAAACACUUAUAUACAAAAACACAACCCAUAAUAAUAAUUCACAUACAGCCGCAACAUACAAAAAAUUCAUAUACUUAAUGCUAAUUUUCGUAAUGCACACCUUGCAGUGUAUUCAUAAUAUUCUUACAUAUUACAAGAUUUAAACGUCUUAGCAUCACCAGUGUAAUGGGUUAUAAAUAAAAUAUUUGUGUUAAAAACAUACAGCAAGAAAAAAAAACAACAAAAAACAUUAUUUGUAUUGUAAACCACACGCGUAUGAAUAACCAAAUAAAAUGCUUAAUAAAAAUUGCUUUAGAUGUUUUAAA